AUGAAACUGGUCAGCGUGUUCCUGCUGGUGGCCGUCGGCAUUUGCAGUUACUCUGCUACUGCCUUCUUCAUGAACAGUGUGCCCCUUCCUGCCAAGGAUGCCUUACCUUUACCUUUGGACGCUGUCCCCCUUCUGGAUCCAUUCAAGCUCCUUCUGGAUGCUCUGGGCAUUACAGUUGAGCACCUUGUGGAAGGGCUAAGGAAGUGUGUGAAUGAGCUGGGCCCAGAGGCCUCCGAGGCUGUGAAGAAACUGCUGGGGGCCCUCUCACAUUUGCUGUGA